UAUAUACCGCACCCCAGAAAUGAGAAUGUGGGUGAGAGGGUCCAGACAAGGGGGGUGAGAUGAGCCACAGGAACCACUGAGGACGCCGGGAGCAGUGACAGAGUUGCAGAGCAGGGAGGCGGGACAAGGCCCAGCGGGCGGCUAAACCCAAAGCAUCCUUCUAGAUUCAGGCGAGCCGGAGGAGUUGUCCACCAUUUCCCCCUUAUUUGAUGCCGUGGAAGGACCUGCGUGGGGAGGUGAAAUGGCCCUUCAGAACCACAUGGGGGUGGGGGUCUUCCGAGGUAGGAAGCAGAAAGGGAACUGGCCCGCGGGAGCCAAGGAGACGAGAAACCAGACGUUCGGCCGGGGUGAAAACGAGCCGUGAGUGGGAGGCCCGGGGCUGCGGGAGGGGCGGCCCUUCUCUGCUGGGCAGCCUGGACCAGGAAGAGAUCUGCCAGCUGGGAGACAGAGGAAGUCACCUCUGAGGGAAACUGCUGAGCCAGAGCCAGAAGAGCGGCUCUGAGAGGCAGCAGCUGGGUCCCCGGGGAGAUGCUGCUUCCGUGGCCCCUGUGGCUUGUGGUCCUCUGCCCGGGGGGCGGCGGCGAGGCAGCCUUUCAAGGGCCCACCUCUUACCACGUCAUCCAGAUCUCGUCCUUUGCCAACAGCAGCUGGGCGCAGAACCAAGGCUCAGGAUGGCUGGGUGACUUACAGCUCCAAAGCUGGGACAGCGACGCGGGCAGGGCGGUUUUCCUGAAGCCCUGGUCCAAAGGCAACUUCAGUGAGGAGGAGGUGACCGGGCUGGAGGAGGUGUUCCAGGUCUACCUCAACGGGUUCCUCCUGGAAGUACAGGACCAUGCCCAUGAGUUCCAGAUGGAAUAUCCCUUUGAGAUCCAGGGGAUAGCAGGCUGUAGUCUGCAUUCCGGUGGGGGCACGGUGAGCUUCCUGCGGGGAGCGUUAGGAGGAGUGGACUUUCUGAGCCUCAAGAAUCACUCCUGUGUGCCCGCCCCGGAGGGUGGAAGCCGGGCACAGCGCAUCUGCGCGCUCAUCCAUCAGUACGCGGGCAUCCGGGACAUCGCGGGGAAGCUCCUCUUUGAAACCUGCCCUCAGUAUCUCCUGGGUGUCCUCGAUGUGGGGAAGGCAGAACUGCAGAGACAAGUGAAGCCCGAGGCCUGGCUGUCCAGUGGCCCCAGUCCCGGUCCUGGCCGUCUGCUUCUUGUGUGCCAUGUGUCUGGCUUCUACCCAAAGCCAGUGUGGGUGACGUGGAUGCGGGGUGAGCAGGAGCAGCCGGGCACCCGGCGCGGCGACGUCCUGCCCCACGCUGACGAGACGUGGUAUCUUCGGGUGACCCUGGAUGUGGUGGCCGGGGAGGAGGCCGGCCUGUCUUGCCGAGUGAGACACAGCAGUCUAGGAGGCCGGGACAUGGUCCUCCACUGGGGAAACCCCGUCUCCAUCGGCUUGAUAUCUUUGGCGAUCAUAGUGCCCUUGUUCAUCCUUUUGACAGUUCCUACAUUGUGGUUUUUGAGGCGCCGGUCGUAUCAGAGUAUCUAAUGGACUCCUCUUCCAUUUGGAAUAAACGCUCAGAAGCCCAGAAGCUCAAGUUGUCAGCCUGGGAGAUGAUCGCGUCAUAUUUCAUCAAAUAAUCCUCUUGGUUGGUCACAUCAGAGUUCCCGUAGGAUGCGAGAUAAAUCACUAUUCAUAACUGGCAGACAAAUAAUAGAAAACCACAAAUUUAUUAUGAGAUGGUGUCAAUAGUACGAUUCACCCUGAUCUCCUACGUGUGAGACGUGGGAAAGAAUGUGUUUCAGAAUAAAUGACACAUGGUAUACUCCUUA